AUGCCAGUCACCAACUUUUCCACCCCAGAGAAAUACACCUAUCAGAACGGUUUCGCCUCCUACCACGAGACUGAGGCCAUCAAGGGUGCUCUUCCCGUUGGCCAGAACUCUCCCCAGAAGCCGCCAUUUGGCCUGUACGCGGAGAAGCUCUCCGGCACCGCUUUCACGGCCCCAAGACAUGAGAACCAGCAGACCUGGCUCUAUCGAAUCCUUCCCUCUGCCGCUCAUGAACCGUUCGAGGACGUAGACCCUUCCACAUACCACACUUCGCUCACAAACGAUGCCUCGUCGCUCCGUCAGAUUCCCAACCAGCUUCGCUGGAACCCGUUCGACCUCGAUGAGAAUGUCGACUGGGUGCGGGGCCUGCACCUGGUAGCCGGUGCUGGUGAUCCGGCCAUGAAGACCGGGUUGGGUAUCCUCCUUUUCGCCGCCGGCAAGGAUAUGGGUAAAGAGGCCUUCUACUCGGCCGAUGGCGACUUUUUGAUCGUUGCUCAGCACGGUGUUUUGGAUAUCCAGACCGAAUUGGGGCGGAUCCUCGUGCGACCAAAUGAAAUCUGCGUUAUCCCUCGUGGUAUCAGAUACCGUGUCACCCUUCCAGAAGGCCCCGUCCGUGGCUACAUCUGCGAACUCUACCAGGGCCACUACCAACUGCCCGAACUUGGCCCUAUUGGCUCCAACUGCCUUGCGAAUGCGCGUGACUUCCAGGCCCCCACCGCCUACUUCGACGACGAAGGCGAGGAGCCCACUGAAUGGAAGCUAAUCAGCAAGUUCAACAACAACCUCUUCUCCGCCAAACAGGACCACACUCCAUUCGACGUUGUCGCAUGGCAUGGCAACUACUACCCAUACAAAUACGACCUCGGACGCUUCAACACCAUUGGCUCCAUCUCCUUCGACCACCCAGAUCCCUCCAUCUUCACCGUCCUAACCGGGCCUUCAGACCAUGCUGGCACCGCCAUUGCCGACUUUGUCAUUUUCCCUCCCCGCUGGCUUGUUGCUGAGGAUACUUUCCGCCCCCCGUGGUAUCACCGCAAUACCAUGUCGGAGUUCAUGGGCUUGAUUUGCGGAGACUACGAUGCCAAGGUUGGUGGUGGCUUCAGACCUGCUGGUGCCAGCUUGCACAAUGUCAUGAGCGCCCAUGGUCCGGAUGCCACGGCACACGAGGGUGCCAGCAACAUGGAGCUGGUGCCGAAGAAGGUUGGUGAUGGUAGCAUGGCAUUCAUGUUUGAAAGUUGCCUCAUGGUUGGCGUCUCUGAGUGGGGCCUCAAGACCUGCCAGAAGGUCCAAGAGGACUAUAACGAUGAGAGCUGGACUCCACUGAAGAGAAAUUUCAAGAACCCAGAGAAGAAAUAA